GGGGGGGGGGGGUCAAAUGUGGCCUAUGACAAGGUUGUUUGUUUGAAGAGUGCUCAAUUGAACAUUGACUUUUUGACAGUCGCUGGACUUUUGACUCCCGGGGACACAACAGUAACGCCUCUCGCUUCGUGUAUCAUAAAGACGUCGGAGGGGGUGUGUGUGUGGUGGGAGGGGGGCACGCAUAAAUAACGGAGCCAAACCACAUCCUACCUGCCCUUUAUGGAUUACAAGCUGCUAAUCCUACCCGGCGACACCUGAGGAUCCACAUUUCACCCCAUAUUGUGGGCAACAUGGUCGGCCUAAAACCCUCAGACGUGCCCCCACCCUUAGGGGUGAAGAUGGCCAGCGCGGGGGCGGCGGCGUGCAUCGCCGACAUCGUCACAUUCCCCCUGGACACAGCCAAAGUCAGACUGCAGAUCCAAGGCGAGAAGAAGGUGGCGGCAGCAGAAGCCAAGGCCAUCCGCUACAGGGGCGUGUUCGGGACCAUCAGUACCAUGAUCCGCACCGAGGGUCCUCGUUCGCUCUAUAACGGGCUGGUGGCGGGUCUGCAGCGGCAGUUGUGCUUCGCCUCGGUGCGAAUCGGCCUCUACGACAACGUCCGAGAUUUCUACACCGGAGGAGCAGAAAACGCAGGAGUGUUGAUGCGCAUCCUGGCCGGCUGCACGACGGGCGCCAUGGCGGUGUCGUUCGCUCAGCCCACCGACGUGGUGAAGGUGAGGUUCCAGGCUCAGAUGAACCUGGACGGAGUGGCGCGGCGCUACAGCGGCACCAUGCAGGCCUACAGGCACAUCUUCCGCAACGAAGGACUGCGCGGACUCUGGAAAGGAACGUUGCCCAACAUCACGAGGAACGCGCUGGUCAACUGCACCGAGCUGGUGACGUACGACCUGAUCAAAGAGGCCAUCCUGCGACACAGGCUCAUGUCAGACAACCUUCCAUGUCACUUUGUGUCGGCCUUCGGCGCCGGCUUCGUCACCACGGUGAUCGCCUCCCCGGUGGACGUGGUGAAGACGAGGUACAUGAACUCGCCGCCCGGUCAGUACCGCAGCGCUAUCAACUGCGCCUGGACCAUGUUGACCAAAGAGGGGCCCACGGCUUUCUACAAGGGGUUUGUGCCAUCCUUCCUGAGGCUCGGCUCGUGGAACAUCGUCAUGUUCGUCUCCUUCGAGCAAAUCAAGCGUGCCAUGAUGGUGACCAAGAAGCGCUUCGACGCCUCCAACUGAGCCCAGAAUGCACUGGACACAACAUUAGGUACACUCAGCCAUGAUGAUGGAUGGGAUCAUCAAAUAAUUUAUUUUUAUGUUUACAAGGAAGUCAUUGUAACGAUAAGAGGAUUGUUUUUUUUUGUUUUUUUUCAGAUGAAGUACUUGUAGAAUAUAUCUUUGGAAAUAGUAAAUGAAUACAAUCUAUGGAAUACGAUUUUUGUUUGGAAUAAUUUGAAUAACUACAUGUCAUCAAUACAAUUCAAAAUUAAUUAAAAGGCAAGUGUCAGAAUUUAACCCUUUCAGGGACGGCGGUUAGUGCAGCGGAAUUGUAAAAUGAUUAUUUUGAUGCCCACAUGAAAUAGUUGUAAUAAUUAAAUGCAAUAAAUUUAACGCAACCAAUACUGGUGCCUUCUAAAAUACAAUAUGGAAAUGUUGUACCUGUAAUUUGUUUGCGAAUUGUCUAAAC